GACCGUGUGACGCAGAGCUGUGCUAUAAUCCCAGUGGUAUGACUAUGCGCACAUUUGAUGAUGCAUAUUAAAAUUAGCUCUUUUAUUAUUGAAUCUUGCAAAACGGCCUGAGGUUCGUUACGUCAUAAUAUUCCACUAUAUCGUCGAGAUAUCUCAUUUGAUUGCUUAUCGGUUUGCGUUUAUCUGUCAAGCCUAUCACCAUGAGCGACCAGGGGCAGUCUGUUAGCCCAUCGCUCUACGCUGCCCUCACCAGUCCGAUAACGAAGACAUUCGCCGAGCAGCGCAAGCAUCUGGUGCAUGUUCCGCGCGGAUUCUCUCUGGACAUCCUCCCCGAUUUCAUGCUCCCUGUGCAGAACGACGCUCGUCAACGUUCUGAAGCGGAAGCAGGCGACAAAACCAUGGAGAUCGAGCGUAAAAACAUGCUGGGCUUAACGCAGCUGAUCGUCAAGGAUGUUAUCGAAACAUCCAUGCCACUGGAUCGUACCGUCACCGGCCAGUUCCAACCACUACAGCAUCUCUUCAGCAUUCUCGAACAGAUUUUAAAACAUGGCUUCAGACCCAAACCGAAAGGACUGCUGUCAUCGCGCACGAAAGAUAUCUGGAAUAUUCUGGAGAGUCUCGAGACCGUCUGUCCACAAUCGAAAGAAGUCACGGAAUCCUGUCGGAAUCUAUCGCACAUUGAGACACCCAUGGGGAAGGUGCGCGCAUGGAUUCGGUUGAGUUUGAUGCAGAAGAAACUCCCGGAUUACUUCAAAGUAUUGGUGGAUCAUCGGGACAGUCUGCUGGCUGACUGCUACGAGAACGGCGCCAUGCUGAUGAACGACGAGAGCAGUGUGGUGGCGGGAUUGUUGGUUGGACUGAAUUUCAUUGACUAUAAUCUGUGCGUGAAGGAUGAGGAUUUGGAUCGGGAUUUUCAGAUGAUUUGUUUGUUGCCGUAUUUGAAGACACGCAGUCAACCUGCGCAGGAGCCACCGGCCAGCGAUGGUGAAAUGGGACUGAAAGCGAUUUUGGAUCAGAAAAAUUAUCUGGAGGAAUUGAAUGCUCAUUUAAAAUACCAGCUGGAUAAUCUGGAAAGUAAAUGUGAAACUUUAACUACUUCGAAUACAAAACUGAGCACAGAGUUGGAGGAUGCGAGAAAGUUAGCUAAUACCGCGCAGCUGGAAAAUCAGGAUCUCAAAUUAGUAAAUGAACGGAUUCAAAAGACUGGGCGGGAUGAUAAUUCAGGCGAAGCAUCGCGUGCGGGUUUCGAUCCUUCGAAUUCGUCCGGUGUACAGCUGAAACUGGAACGCGAGUUAGCUUUGAAGCAAGAUUUGGAGCGCGAGCUAAAACUUCAGACAAAUAUCCGUAUGGAAACGGAGGCGGCUAUGAAGUUAAUGGAAAGAGAUAUCCAGGAGAAAGAGGAAUUGCUUUCUGUGUGGAGAAAGCAGUUGGAUGACCUGAAGCUUGUUAAUCUAGAAAUGUACCAGAAAUUACAAACCGCUGAGAAUGCUCUUAAGCAUAAGUCCGAUUUAGUGGCAAGAAUGGAGCAGAAAAUGCAGCAGAUGGGAGAUACAAUGUUGCAGCUCGGAAAUCGUAUACAGAUCCUAGACAGUGAGCGGCGAGCGGCGGAAGAAACAGCCAGGAAGCUCAGUAUGCAACUGGCGGAAACGGAUGUGACUAGAUCGGUUUUAGAAACAGAUCUUCGCAUGGAACAGGAACAAAAAGCCAACUUGAUGGGUUCCUUAACUGAACAGCAGAAUGAACUGCAAAAACUGCAGGGCGAAAUUCAAAGCAUUCGGAAUAUCAGUCAGAGUUAUGAAAAACUUCGCAAUGAACAUGACGUGCUGCAGCAGAUGAGCCACGAGCAAGAGGAAACUUUAGCGGAACUUAGCACACAUUUGAGCGAGCAAAAAGUGAAAGUUGCCGAAAUGAAAGAGGUCACGUCGCAGCUGGACCCGACAGCAUCACAAUGGGAGAAGGACGCUACCAGCUGCAAAUUAUGCGAAAAGCCAUUCACGGUUGCCAGAAGAAAGCACCACUGUCGUCAUUGCGGAGGGACUUUUUGUAAUCCCUGCUCGGACAAUAAAAUGUCACUGCCGUCCUCGCCUAAACCAGUGCGGGUGUGCGAUAAUUGUCACAUUCUGCUGCUUCGACGAUAUUCCGCCAAGUGAUGCAUAGCGUGGGCACUCAGCAGUUUCCAUGAUCUUGCUAUAUUAUUUGUUGCUUGUAUUCCGGUGCUUUUAGAGUUUAUUUGUAUCUGUAAUUUAUUUUGUAGAGAAAUUUGGCCAUGCGACUAUUUUUUAGUUUUCUCCCGCCGUUGAUGCAUCCGGUGAAAUACUUACAUUAUUUUAUCCGAGCUGACUUGAAAUAUUUUCCGUUUUCUACUGCAGAUAUGUUUCGAUUGUACAAAAUUAUGGUGUGCUACGAAGCGUUGUCUGUUUCACCGUUUGUGCACUUUGUAUUUUGUGGGUGGUAUGUUAUAAACGUCGUUUACAAAUUUAUUUCCGUAUAUCUGAACUAGGUAA